UAGCGGUAGCAGCACCGGCCCGUGCGCAUAAGAUAUACACAAAAAAGCGCGUCUCGAGCUUUCUCUCCCAAACGCUCGUCUUUAUCAGCGAACCCACUUGUGUCAGGUGUGUGCGGUGCGGAGCUGUGAACGAGUUAGCUGCUGCAGUAAAAAGAUUUUUAAGAGAUCAGAGACGCUUCUCGACAAAGGAAAGAUCGUCGCUGCAUACAUGCGCUUUCAACUCACGCAUCAGCAGCAGCAGCAGCAGCAAAAGCAGCAACAAUAGAGCAGUGGUGUGCCAUGCGCGAUUCGAAGCUGCGUACGGCCUUCACUGCUGCAACGACGUUAGCAGCAGCCCAUGUUGUCGGAGUGACGGAACGACACUGCCGACGCUUUUGAACAGCUUAUUAUGAAGACAUCGCGGAGCUUUUGGAGCCCGAUAAAACGGCGUCAGUCGUCGGAGUCGAGCAACAGCGAUCGCGGAAGCAGAAAUCGAAUAAGCAACAGCAGCAAAGAGGCCCGAGCGCUUCAGCAUCGGGGAUGAGGCGCUAGCGGCGCCGAGAGAGCAGCAGUCCAGGGCGCGGAGCCGAUUCGAAGCUGACGGCUGCGAAGAUCGAGCUUCGACUACGAAGACGACGACGUCGAGGAUCGACGGACGCAGGAGGAGGAGGAGGGGAGACGAAGGGGGGACAGCGGGAAAGGGUUAGCCUAAGCGGAGGCGGUGGCGGCCUCGGAGCAAGCAGUAGAAGGAGGCGGCCUCUGCCAGCGGGGGGGCACGACCGAUGCUCAAGGACAGCAAGACGACGACUACAACGAAAUACGGUGGCGGUGACGGUGCAGGUGGUGGUGGGCCGGUGGUGGCUGGAGGUGGUGGCGCAUUAGAGGACGUCGCCGGGCCGGGCGUCGAGCCGGAUCGUAACGGGAACGGCAGCAAUCAGCAGCAGCAACAGCAGCAGCAAUGCCAGCAGCAGCAGCAGUCAGCCUUCGGCUUCGACGUGGUCGGUGGCGCGGGGCCGGGGGCAGCCGUCUCGCUGUUCCCUGGCGGAGCGGCUCUGCUAGCCGCGGCUGCCGCGGUCGCCGCCAACAAGGACCGCGAGCAGUCGCAGCAACAGCAGGGUCAGCAGCAAGGCCAGGCAGGGCCAAAGGAGGUGCGCUACGCGAGUCCGACGGCGCUGCCGAUGUCGUCGCCGCCCCCCGCCCCGCUGCCGCUCGAGCUGCAGCCCGCGGGCUUCUCGCAGUCGAUGAGCUCGCUGCCGCCCGAGCCGUUCAUGAUAAUGCGCUCCAAGGCACUCAAUCGCCGGGUCAGCAUCAACGUCGGCGGCGUGAAGCACGAGGUGCUCUGGCGCACCCUCGAGCGGCUGCCGCACACCCGGCUCGGCCGUCUGCGCGACUGCAACACCCACGAGGCCAUCACCGAGAUCUGCGACGAUUACUCGCUCAUCGACAACGAGUACUUCUUCGACCGCCACCCCAAGUCCUUCAGCUCGAUCCUCAACUUUUAUCGCACGGGCAAGCUGCACAUCGUCGACGAGAUGUGCGUGCUGGCCUUCAGCGACGACCUCGAGUACUGGGGCGUCGACGAGCUCUACCUGGAGAGCUGCUGCCAGCACAAGUACCAUCAGCGCAAGGAGCACGUGCACGAGGAGAUGCGCAAGGAGGCCGAGUCACUGAGGCAACGUGACGAGGAGGACUUUGGCGACGGCAAGUGCGCCCAGUAUCAGAAGUACCUCUGGGACCUGCUCGAGAAGCCGACCACUUCCAUCGCUGCCAGGGUGAUAGCUGUGAUAUCGAUCUUGUUUAUCGUCCUAUCGACGAUCGCUCUAACCCUCAACACGAUCCCGAGCAUGCAGGUGCUGGACAAAGAGGGCAACGUCAUCGACAAUCCGCAGCUCGCGAUGGUCGAAGCCGUCUGCAUAACCUGGUUCACCCUAGAGUACGUGUUGCGCUUCAGCGCCUCGCCCGACAAGUGGAAGUUCUUCAAGGGCGGCCUCAACGUCAUCGAUCUGCUCGCGAUACUGCCGUACUACGUGUCGCUCUUCCUCGUCGAGACCAACAAGAACGCGACCGACCAGUUUCAGGACGUGCGUAGGGUCGUGCAGAUAUUCCGCAUCAUGCGCAUACUGCGCAUACUGAAGCUGGCAAGGCACUCGACCGGCCUGCAGAGUCUCGGCUUUACCCUGAGAAACUCGUACAAAGAGCUCGGCUUGCUCAUGCUGUUUCUCGCCAUGGGCGUGUUGAUAUUCUCGAGCCUGGCUUACUUCGCCGAGAAGGAGGAGCCCGGGACCAAAUUCAUAAGCAUUCCUGAGACUUUCUGGUGGGCUGGCAUUACCAUGACCACGGUUGGCUACGGCGACAUUUACCCCACCACCGCGUUGGGCAAGGUCAUCGGUAGUGUGUGUUGUAUAUGUGGUGUCCUGGUAAUCGCGUUACCCAUUCCCAUUAUUGUCAAUAAUUUCGCCGAGUUCUAUAAGAAUCAGAUGCGACGGGAGAAAGCUCUCAAGCGGCGCGAGGCUCUCGAGCGAGCUAAGCGAGAGGGCAGCAUCGUGUCCUUCCACCACAUCAACCUCAGGGACGCGUUCGCCAAGAGCAUGGACCUCAUCGACGUCAUCGUCGACACGGCUCGAAUCGCGAACGGGAUUGUCGACGGAGGUCACAAUAUGUCAGGGGUUGAUGGCAAUAGCACAGAAGGCGAAUCUCAAUGUGGCAGAGGUCCAGCACAAACUGGAUCUGGUUGCUACAAAAAUUACGAGCACUACGGUCCAUCAUCGAAGAAUCGGAGAGAUUCCUCAUGCUUUCCAAAUCUUCAAAAUGAUCUGUCUAAUACGCCGGACAGUCCGAAUCGUAGACUUCUCGAUUUCGCCCAAAACAUAUCGAAUAACCAGGCGGAUCAUUAUUAUCAAGAUCAGCUGCCCGCCCAACAAUUUAAUCAAGCUCUUACCUCGCCAAAUGAAGAGGACAAAAAAUCUAGAAGAAAAGAGAAGGAAAGUGACAAAGUCGCAAAAACCGAUGAAUUUCCUAGUGAAUUCGAGUGUUGCUUUUGUACUACAAAGGAAUAUAAGGAGCACCGAGACGCCGAAGAUAUUAUGCCUUUAGGAACCAGCGAUUUUAAGCACACGAUAUGCGGCAAAGAUUUGAAUAAAUCUUAUCGAGAAAGUAGUUUUGAUCAAGCAUCGUUGCUGACAGAGCUGCACCAAUUUCAACAACUUCAUCAACUUGAACAAUUGCAAAGACAGAUACAGCAGCAAAUGCAAAUUCAGCAGCAGCAAAUACAACAGCAGCAACAUUUACAGCAACAGCAACAGCUAUUACAACUGCAACAACACCAGCAUCAGCAUCGUCAAGGGCAGCAUCAACUGCAGCAGCAACAGCAACAACAACAGCAGCAGCAACAGUUAUUGUUACAGCAGCAGCUGCAUCAACAACAACAACAGCAACAACAACAGCCUUUGAUGAUAAUGGCGUCACAGCAAACUAUGAAUAUUACAGAUUCUUCAAAUCUUCACAAGAAUUACAAUGAGCGAGGGAGCGUAGAUAGCUCCGAUACAUAUGCCAGCUGUCAAACACACCCUUUUUACUCCGAGAGCGAUUUGACGGCGGAGAUGGACAGCAAUUUGUACAUCAAUCCAUUGGAAGGUAGUACAGACAAGAGUCAAGUAAAAAAGUCAGCAUCGGGCGAGAUAAUUCACGUUGCCCUAAAUGUAUCACCAAGCGCAGAGUCGCUUAAGGAAAUUAACUCACCCACCAAAGCAAGUGGCAAAAUAAACGUGAACGAAGCUAUACCUAAGCACAGGAAAUCCCGUAUUCAACAGAGCUUUCAAAGAUCACGAGGAGCGCAACUCAUAACCAGUGGUACAGACUCUAGUGGAUCUUCGACGAUUCGUGAGGACCCACCGAGCUUAAAAGAGGAUAACAAUAAUCAGCAGCAGCAACUGUUGCAGCAUCAAUACGACAGCUUAUUGAGCUUUGGCGCUGGCGUCGGAAGCAGCAGUAGUGGAAGUGGCGGUGGUCUGCGAGGUGGCCGCGCGUCCACACCAUUUGGUCCUGUUAAUAGUCUUGCCUCUGCGACAAGAAUCAUAAACCAUCAUCUAUUUGGAUCUAUUGCAAGUUCCAAACAUCACUCUGGGCGAUCCAUGGUGAGUAAACUAUCUUUGUCAGCCGACUCUAUUGAUAGCGAAGCAGCGCCUUUUAUUGAAAGGCAACAACGAGGAAUAUCCAAAUCAAUUCUCAAAAAAUCGGAAAGUAAUUACUAUAAUGCCAAUGUUGGAAGUGCUGACUCAGAUACGCAAAAGCUCAUUGAUAACUCGACGACAUCGCAUCCAAAGAUUGUUUGCGACAACCACACUAGACUAGCUUUAAUGGGCAAUAUGUAUACGAACGUCUAUGAAGAAAAACAAGCUCGAGACGAGACAACACAAGAAAACAAAAACAAACGAGCUUUCGAAGAGUUGCGAGCUUCAAAGCAAAAACCACGUUUCAAAGACCCACUGGAUGGUCAACGGGAGAAUCAGUCGAUACUUCUGAGCUCUCUCAGGCCGCAACGGCCUUCCAAAAAGUUUAGCAUACAGAUGGAUAAGCGGAGUGUUCAACAACCAUUGUCGCAAACAUCAACAUCAUCAACAACAACUGUAUCACAACAAUCUAUAACCGGCAUGAGUGGAAGGCCGACAACAAGCUCAAGUGCUCAAUCUAGUCUUUCCCAGGAAUAUAGACCUCCUCCUACAUGUUAAUUGAUUUUGUCAAGAUUGAUGUAAAGUUGUUGCGAGUUGUAGCGAUAGAGUAUAAAUUCUAAUUGUAGAAAAGAGCAAUGAAUUAUAAUAAAAAUAUGUACUUGUAUAUAAAUAUAAAUAUAUAUGAAAAAUAUGUACAUGUAUUAAUAAAAAAUUAUGUGGUGCUGGAGGAAUGAAUAUGCAAUUAUACAUGCAUUACCUCCCACCACCGCCCGGCAGUGCCUGACUCCGUAGGGAGGACCGAGUUUAAUGUUCGUAUGCCCUCGCUGCAUUCUUCCUCCUCUUCCUACGUGCAUUUACUUGAAUUUUGAAUGCAUAUGAUGAUUAUUUUAAGAACUCCUUUAUCUGCUUCUUUGUGGAUAAUCAAGUGGAACGAGAUGUCGCUAAAAUAUGUAUUUCAUUAUGUCAUCACGUGCGCGCGUGUUUAUAAUGAAUUUAAUUUUUUACACUUACAUGCACAUUUUUCUAACUUUAUAAAAGUGCGAUUGCGUAUUCCAUGUAAGCACAAUACUUGAGCUUUUUUCAUUAAAGUGCACAAAUUGCAUAUAUUCAUUAAAAAUUUGUAGUUGAAUCACCUUUUAAUAUGUAACGCAAUAUUAUUAAGGGAUUGCUUUGUCCUCCUUUCGAGUCUUGACUAAAUGCUAACUAUAUACUUCCACAAAAAAAUGAAGUAAGAUGAUAAAGAACGGACUUGAAUAUUCAAGAAAUGUAAAAUAGAGCUACAAAAAUGUUAGUGAAAAAGAACGUGUAUUAAUUUGUAAAUGUCAAAACAUAAAUAUGUACAAUAGAUUACAGUGUAUAAUUUUAAAGAGAAGUGGUUUAUGAACGUAACGGUAAAUGUACCAUGUGUUAUGUAAAAAAGAAAUAUAAAGAUGUAUCAAAUAUAUUAAUGAUAAAGGUUGUCACUAGUAAAAAGAGUUCACACGUAUGACAAAAGUCAUUUAAUUAGAGGUAUCUAAUAGCAUAUCUUUAAAAAAAAAAGUUUGUAGCAUAAAAUUUGAUUUGAUAGGCCCUUGCGAUGAAUUGCCGUACACGUAAGCUAAUAUAAAACUUUCUUGUAUAUCACCUAAAUGUGAAAAAUACCAUAGCUUGGAAACAUUAAAAACCAGCUAUGUAUUUUGUCGAAACCAAAUAGUUCAACAAAAAGCGUCUAUAUCAAAAAUUUGGUCCUUACGAUCAUUAAAAUCAGGCUUCCAAAUGUGUAAAAUUAUCUGCUCCAAAUUAUUUAUUGUACGAAUGCAUAACAUUAAUCCAGAGUAUGCUCCAAAAAUAAAAUUACAAUACAAGUUGUUAUAAAAUAGUACAAAUAUUUCACCAUUAUUUGAAAUUAUGAGCUAGAUUUCACAUUACAGGCCGGGAAAAAAUCCUGUUUAAAUUCUAACGUAAUAAUUGGUGAAGAACAUAAAAUAAUUAACGUAUUGAAGAAACUGUAUUGAAUAAUUUAAUAUUUUAAAGUUAUGGUUGAAAUUAAAAGUUUAUAUUUACUUACAAACAAUAAAAGUUCUCGUUUCUCAUAGUCCAGUCAUAGUUUAAAAAUAAUUGUUAAACUUUGAAAAAACCCACGUGUUUUAAAGUGCGUUCCGAAUAUGUGACAAUUGUAUCUUAAAUUAUUACUGUAAAAGUGAAAAUUAUUGCUUACAUUUUUUUAAUAAUAAAACAUCAUUUAUUAUGUUUUUAUUUAAUUUUUUUAUAAAUUUAAAAUUAAAACAUCGUGAAAAUCUUGAUUUGUAAACUAAUGAAAGCGAGUCCUCGAAAAAUGAUUACUUAAUAUUUAAUAAUAAAAAUUACCUGGACAUUGUGAAAGAUUCAUUAAAAAUAAUUGAAGUAUAAGAAAUAAAACUUUGAACGCAAAUAUUGGACAACGAUGAGUAAAAUUAUGUUUUGAAGCCUGAUCUAAUAUGGCUGUGCUAAUGAUUUAAAAAUUAUAAGUAAAUAUGCUGUCAAAUAUUGUAGACAAGAUUAAUAAAUUUUUACUGUUUGAAAAAGAGCAUUUCAAAUUAAUAAUUUAUAGAUCAUGUUUCAAUUUUUGACAG